UGAGGCUUGGCACAGUGCAGUGUUGGCCGCCAGCUCGCUCGGCGCGUACCAUGCAGAGCAGUGGCCUGGUCCUCUGGCUCUUGGCUUUGGCGUGCGCGUGUGAUCCGUGCCUCGCUUCCUCCACUGGCCUCCAGCCCUCCCGCCAGACCCUGCUGACCCUGGUGCGGCGGGCCAGGGCCCUAAACUCCCACCCGCCCGCCCCGCACCCGCCCCAGAUACCCUCGUUGCCCUCCGAGGCACUCUUAGAGUUCACCCGCCCCUACCGCCACCAACAUGUGGCCCCAGACCUGCCGCCCGGCCCGCCCUUCCGCCGCCGCCUGGAGCAGGCCAGCCAACAGGGCCCGCAGCCUGCCGACCCUCAGGACCAGCGGCAGCUCCCCGAGGAUGCGGUGGACGAUGUGGAGGAAGGGCGCCGGGCGUGGAGUAAGCGGGGGCUGCCCAGUGAUGCCCCAGUGAGCGGCGGAGCGAGCGAGGGGCAGGAGGAGGCGGUGGCCAACGGCCUCCAGCAGGUGGGAGCCUCCAUAGCCUCCAGCUACCUGCGGCACGCACGCUCCAGCCCGCGACCCUACGACGUACCCCGCAUCGACUGCCCCGCCGCAGAAGACCAAAUGGAAAGGUUCCCGUGUCCCUCGCCAGACAGGAUGGGACGGUACCGAUGUAUUGAUGAUCAUGUGUUGUGUGAUGGCUUUAUAGACUGCCCGGAUGGUGAAGAUGAGGACAGACAGCAGUGCAUGUUCUACAAAACGACGAAGGCGCACUUGGAUGUUCUCGCGGACGCAAUCAUCAGGUGGGCGAGGGGCGGAAAGUGAUGGUGGUGAAAAGGCCGCCGCAGCUCCCCUCCCCCUCCCACCCUCAUCUCCCCUUCGCAAUAGCAACCCGCCGACCCUGCCUCCGUCCCGCUCCGUCAGUGAGGGGACCUGGGGCGCUGUCAUCUCAGCCCCACUAACCAGGCAGCUCCUCGCGCCUCUUACUGGUCAUAAUAGUCACUAGUGCUGCAGAGCCAGUGUGUCUCAGUGUGUCUUGUGGAGGGCAAUAAGGAGUAGCAGUUUAUGGAAGUAAUAAAGGAUAUAGAUGUAUAAUAAAAAAAGGAAAUACUACAACUACAACUACAACUACUACUACUACUACUACUACUACUACUACUACUACUACUACUACUACUACUACUGCUGCUGCUACUUCGUCUUCUUCUUCGUAAUAACAAGAGGAUAAAUGUUGCAAUAAAAAGAGUAAUACUAUACGCCGGAGAGGAGAGAUUUGUCAUCCCUUCCCGCUUGGUUUCCGUCAGCGCCAGCAGGAGCAGGCCGCCAGGUGCCGCGUGGAGCUCACAGCAUGGGCAGCUCUCCCUCUCGCCGCACAUCGCCGCGCCGCCCACACCAUUGGAGACGCACACCCUCCUUGCCCGCUGGAAUCGUCCGCACCACCACCACCACCACCACCACCUCUACCUCCACCUCCACCUCCACCACCUCAAGCGGAAUCCUACCGAUGCCAUCAGACCUCCACGCCAAGAGAAGACUUCCUCCGCGACCACUUGCUGACCUCUUGACCCCGACCUGAGCCACGGGGUUCACUAGGUCCAACACGGUGUUCCCGGACGGUCAACAAACAACACGCGAGGUCCCCGCUGAGUGAGAAGAGUCUGUCUGGGCCACUGCGGCCUGAGGACUCCCACCACAACCGGCCCCAGGCAGCUCCACCACCACCACCACCAACAAUAAUACCAUCACUACCACCCGCCCCGCCCUGGAGAAAGGCGGCCCCAGGGACGACAAGAGGACGAGGACGACUAAAGGACCGCUGACUCGGCCGCACCCAGCCGGCGUCUCCCUCAAGGUGGCAGGCCAAAGACCGCUGACCGCUGACCGCAGACACAGACGCAGACCGCCCCUUUAUAAGCUGAGGUCAGGCCGGCGACAGGUGUGCUGGGGGUCACCUGUGCCUCCCUCCCACACCUGCCUGGCCCUGGUGUUUGUUUGUUUGUUUGUUUGUUGGUGUGGUCGCCGCCGCGCCGCCAGCCCAGCGCCGCCUGUCUUCGUGUCCUCGCCGCCGCCACCAAGGCUGAGGUUGACCUGCGUUUUCUUUUGGAGAUUUUAUUUUUCUGAGAGAGAAUACUUCUGUGUUUGUUAGACGCUUGUUUCAGAGGUUUAUUAUGACCGUGGAGGAGGAAGAUGUUUAUAUAGAUUAGCCUCUCAUGUCAUUGAUGAUGAUGAUGAUGAUGAUGAUGAUGAUGAUGAUGAUGAUUGUUGUUUUUGUUCCUUGAAGAAGAGUUUACAGUAACCUGUUAUGCAUUACGCCGUUAAGGACUCACUUCCAUCAUUACGUUCCACACUAAAACAAAAAAGAUAAAAAAAAAAUCCUUUCCUUAAUGCCUUUGUAUGUAGAGAUUAAAAUGUAAAAAAAAUAUGUUGAGAUUGAAAAGUUUAGUGUGCAAUAUUGAAGGAAAUAAAAAUGCAUAAUAUCACUAAAAA